AUGCCGCACGAGAGAAGAUUCUACUUUGCCGUCCUAGUCAGGGAAAAAUACAUAGUGGUUGUACCGAGUAAGCAAAUUAGAAGAAGUCCAGCUGUUCCAUCACGGACUAUCCAACUGGCAGCGUCAGCGUCUUAUCCGCAACGUAGCAUACCACCUUUAAAUCAUUAUGGUCCAAUCAAAGCUGGGGCAACUUUACCAACGAGUAACCAAAAGUCUCACGGUUUCAAUGAUAUUGCGCCAAGCCACAAUGGCGCUAACUACGCCUCUCUUACAUAUGGAAAAAGCCCAGUUAUCUAUCCAUACCCAUAUUCUGCAAAGCUUUAUCCACCGUACUCGAAAUAUAAAGGAGGGUUUGUACCACUGAAUAAUCAAAACAGAUACCCUGAACGUUACCCGGCAGAAGCGAAUAGACCGCGACCCCAAGCGGUACCUAUCUACGCUGGAACAGGUCCACCAAAUUUUUAUCCGUUACGACCAAUAUCAAACGAUCCCUACAUCGUCAACAAAAAUUUGCCUGCAAAACUGCAACCAAUCGAACGUCCUCAAUCAAUCUUCACCGAACAUCAGCAACGCCCGUUUAUUGGCAACCCACUGGACCCGGUGAAAAAUGCACAGUCUGAUGUCUCACCUUUUCUUUCGAAAGUGAGUCCUAUCGUGGUGAAAGCGCCACCAAACAAUCAACAAGAAGCGACACACACUGGCGACUUAGUGAAGGAUGGCAGCAACGCGAUAGGGAAGGUUCCAUCUGCAUCGACCAUCGGUGCUACCACCGGCCAAUUUGUCAUUCGUGAUACCAUUAUGUUGGAUGAUUAUGAGAAGAAAAUCUCUGAAUUUACUAAGAGCUGGCCAAAACUUUCAGCUUUUCCUGGUGCCUAUAGCAGUUCCAGUUCUCUUUACCCUGCAUCAUCAUUCGAACCUAUGUCAUCAUCGGGAGUUGCGGAAGUGUCAAGAAGUUCAGAUAUUUUGGGUACAAUAAACACAACCAGUAGAAAGGGGUAUGAGGUGAAAGAAGAUAUUGACGAACCACCUUUCGAUUAUAGAUCUAUCGCCGCAUCACCGCUGCAGCAGUAUCCAUCGAUAGCAACUACUGCUCUCACAAAAAAUCUCUAUGUUUCCAAUUGA